GGCCAAGCCAGGAAGGAAGGAAAAGGCCCAGGGCACGCCAGGACAGAGGCAUGGCCACACUCACUCCACCUGUGUGGCCCCCUGCUGCCCAGUGGCUGACAGCCCAGGCAACUCUCAGAUGUUGGGCCAGAGGAAACCCAGGCCUGAGUGGUGGGGAGAAGACUGAGAAGGGGGAUACACUCCACCCUACAGGAUAGCCCCUACUCCAGAAGUCCCUGCUCUGAAGACCCCAGCCCCUGGUGGCCUCAUGCCCUGGCCUGAGGCUCAUCUGCAGCUGUGAGAACAUCCCCUUUCUCUGUGGGUCCUGAUGGUUUCUCUCCACCCACCUCUGGAUUCCAGUCAUAGAGCAGGCUUCAUGAUGGAGGAGGCUAGAGAUGUUGCAGGCCAAGGCAGCCCAGGCUGGUGCCACCAGAGACCCAGCAGGGGGUGAGGGCAGAGGGUCCAGCUGGGGAAGCUUGGCUGGGUCCAGCUUGCAGGAUUUCCUUCCUGCUUAAGCCUAGGCUGAGCCUCUGAAGUCCUUGUUGCAGGGCUGAUUCUCCUGGGAGGGCCCAGUCACAGCUACCAUGAGCGAGGCCUUUGACUGUGCAAAAUGCAGCGAGUCCCUGUAUGGCCGCAAAUACAUCCAGACAGACAAUGGCCCCUACUGUGUGCCCUGCUAUGACAACACCUUCGCCAACACCUGUGCCGAGUGCCAGCAGCUGAUCGGGCAUGACUCAAGGGAGCUGUUCUACGAAGACCGCCACUUCCACGAGGGCUGCUUCCGCUGCUGCCGCUGCCAGCGCUCUCUGGCUGAUGAGCCCUUCACCUGCCAGGACAGUGAGCUGCUCUGCAAUGACUGCUACUGCAGUGCCUUCUCCUCACAGUGCUCUGCCUGUGGGGAGACCGUCAUGCCGGGGUCCCGGAAGCUGGAAUAUGGAGGCCAGACGUGGCAUGAGCACUGCUUCCUGUGCAGCGGCUGUGAGCAGCCACUGGGCUCCCGUUCCUUCGUGCCUGACAAGGGUGCUCACUACUGCGUGCCCUGCUAUGAGAACAAGUUUGCUCCUCGCUGUGCCCGCUGCAGCAAGACGCUGACACAGGGUGGCGUGACGUACCGUGACCAGCCCUGGCAUCGAGAAUGCCUGGUCUGCACCGGGUGCCAGACACCCCUAGCAGGGCAGCAGUUCACCUCCCGGGACGAUGAUCCCUACUGUGUGGCCUGUUUUGGAGAACUCUUUGCACCUAAGUGUAGCAGCUGCAAGCGCCCCAUCACAGGACUCGGUGGAGGCAAGUACGUGUCCUUUGAAGACCGCCACUGGCACCACAGCUGCUUCGCCUGUGCCCGCUGCUCCACCUCCCUGGUGGGCCAAGGCUUCGUGCCGGACGGAGACCAAGUGCUGUGCCAGGGCUGCAGCCAGGCAGGGCCCUGAGCCAGGGCUCCUGGGCCCAGGCCCUCCCAACCAGUGCUCAAGGACUAAGGCUCCUUUUCCAGACCACCUCCGGGACCCAGCCCCACCCCAAAUGGGGGCUCCCCCUGGGCUCCAGAAUUCAGUCUCCCCACUUCAACAUCCCCAAACUGGUACUUCUUGACCCAGGGCCCCUAAACCUGGGUUGUUACAGAGCCUCUAUUAAUUCAAAUCCCCUCCCAAGCCUGGACUCCACAGAGCUCAGCCCUCUCCCCUAUAGUCUGGGUUGCCAGACCAAGUCCCCUCCCCAAAUCAGGGCUCUAGACCCUAGCCCUCCAAACUUGGACUCGGACUCAGGCCCCCUUCAAUCUAGACUUCUCAGCAGUGACUUUAGGUCUCCUAUGGGUGCCUGAGAAGUCCUCAAAAGUGGACUAUCCUCAGGCUUGACCCUCCCACCCCAAUCCUACCCCUGUCCCCAGGGCUGGGGCUAUCUGGGCAGCAGAUUAAGGGGUCCUAGGGUACAGGGUUCUGCCCACCCUUGUUCGUUGAGUGUUUUAUCAUUUCAUUUCAGCUCCAUUUUGCCCAGAAAUGGGCAGCGGGGUGGGAUUGACUCGCCCCCUUAGAGAUUCUGCAAUAAAGCAGUUGUGAGGAA